UAUACAACCGUAUGGUUGUAUUUCAUUGUGAACAUUGGAAGCAACGGUUGUAAACUGAAAUUUCAGAAAAAAAUGGCUACUUUUACAUAUAUUUACAUAUUUACAUUCGUCUUUCUCUUAAGUAUAAAAGGACAAAGACAACAUGACGAUAGUAAUUGUGCAAGCAUAUAUAAAGCUGAGGCUCAAACUAACACUGCUGGGGAAACGACCACUGACAGUGAUGAUGACAGUGAAACCGCGAUAGGAGAUUCUUCAGAGUCAGACAAAAAACAUGACGAAGCAGAACAAGAAAACUUAAAUUCCGCCAAUAUUGGUGAAUCAAAAUCCAAAAGAUCAUCUUCUGCGAGCGAAUCAAUUUCGAAGGAAUCAAAUUCGUCGUCUUACAAGUAAAAAAAUGGAGAAGAAGAAAAUGUCCCUUUACGAUAAUUAAACAACUUGUCAGGGGCAAUAAUAGAUGUGCACAUUUUUCACUUCUCUGGCGUAUUACCUUUUUUACCAAUUAGCACUAUUAUGACGACAAUAAUUUGAAUAUAACACUAUAAUCUU